AUGAAUGACUCCAGCACAACACACCCCACCUCACCCUACCACACCUGGCCCCACCACACCCACUUCUUACCUGUCCCAUCCUCACACCUGUUAAAGCGACCCUCACAUCCUCACGUGUUCCUUGGCGAGACAGGUGAAUAUUGCCCGCCACACCACGCACAGGUCUCAGCACAAGAACACAGCAUCACACAGCAUCACACAGCAUUACACAGCAUUACACAGCAUCAUACAGCAAUACACAGCAUCACACAGCAUCACACAGCAUCACUUAGCAUCACUCCAUCACUCACACAGCAUUACACAUCACACAGCAUCACACAACAUCAGACAUCAUCACUUAUAUAUACAACUUUACACAGCAUCACACGACAUAACUCCAUCACUCACACAGCAUUACACAGCAUCACACAGCAUCACUCCACCACUCACAAAGCAUCACACAGCAUAACUCACAUAGCAUUACACAUCUCCACACAGCACCACCCCAUCAGCCCAUCACCUCCCCACACUCCCCACCUCACCCCUCCCAGGUGUGUCCAGUAUUCCCACCAGGUAGCAGAGACAGGUAUUACCACAGGGGCAGUUUAG